AUGUAAAAAAAAAGCACUCAAAGGGUUUUGAGAAGAGACAAGAAGACACAGAACAAGUAGCCACUCUCACCUCACCACACCCUCUCUACUUGCUCUAUCUCUCUCUCUCUCUGUUCUUUUUCUCUCCUCUUCUUCUCUUUUUUGCUGUAGAGAUCUCUAUCUCCAUCCUUUUCUCUCUCUCUAGAAAGAUAACAGUGACAUUUUGUCUGAACGCAUCUAUGGCUGCUCUGGUGCUUUCACUUCUCCUUCUAGCCAUGGCCGGACAUUCUAGUGCCUCAUGGUGUGUGUGUAAAACAGGACUGAGUGAUACAGUGCUACAGUCAACCCUAGACUAUGCCUGUGGAAAUGGAGCAGAUUGUAAUCCUAUUAAACCAAAACAAUCUUGCUUCAACCCUGACAAUGUUAGGUCCCAUUGCAGCUAUGCAGUCAAUAGCUUCUUCCAAAAGAAGGGUCAAUCUUCUGGCACUUGUGAUUUUAAAGGCACUGCCACUCCCACCACCUCCGAUCCCAGUUAUACAGGAUGUACCUUCCCUACUAGUGCCAGCGGCUCUGGUGGCUCUAGUAGUGGCAGCACCAGCAUGUCACCUGGCACAUCCAGUCCAAAAAGUAGCUCAACCACCACCACACUUCCUGGAAGUGGUACCAACAGUCCUUAUUCAGGGACCUCAACCAAUGGAGGUUUUGGAGGCAAUAGCACAGGAAUCAACACUGGGACAGGGAUUAACCCGGAUUACUCGGCAGAAAGCAGCGCGUUUUCUCUCAUGAACUCAAGCAAAUCGUUCAUCAGCCUUCUCUUGAUCAUCGCGUCGAGUGUUGCUGUUCUUUUUUGAUGCUCUAAGGAUGUUAAUGUUCUCUGGUUUUGUGGGUGCACUUUAGUUAUCGUUUCGAGGACAUGGGUCUAGUUUAGUGGUAAUCUCUGUCUCAGUGUUAUGGGUCUAUGUUAUUGUUUUUGUUGUAAGAAGAUUUCAGCUCUUGCUUUUACCCAUACCUCUUGACGGUUCUGGGUAGAUUUGAUGCAAGUGAAAAAAUUUAUAUAUAUAUGAUCUUAUCUCCGGCUCA